ACACUAGCAAAAAUACAUUUCUUUCAGACGUCUCCUUUUACCGUCCACCACCUUCACCAACCUUAACCAAACGGCAGUUUCAUCAUGGCUGGAGUUUCUGUUAAAGAUGUUGAUGCUCAAAAGUUCAUCACUGCCUAUGCCGCUUUCUUGAAGCGUUCUGGUAAGAUGACUACCCCCCAGUGGAUUGACAUCGUCAAGACUGGUACCCACAAGGAGUUGGCUCCUUACGACCCUGACUGGUACUUUGUCCGUGCCGCUGCCAUUGCUCGUCACAUCUACCUUCGCAAGCAAGUUGGUGUUGGUCGCCUUUGCAAGGUUUACGGCGGAUCCGUCAACCGUGGUAUGCGUCCUUCUCAUCACCGCGACUGCUCUGGCAGUGUUCAACGCAAGGUUGUUCAAAGCUUGGAGAAGAUUGGUGUGCUUGAGAAGAGCGAGAACGGUGGUCGUCGCAUCUCCCAGCAAGGUCAACGUGACUUGGAUCGCAUUGCCUACUCUCUCAUCGAGGAGGACGAGGAGUAAAAUCGAAAUGCAUUUGAAAGUUCUUUAACAACGUAGACGUAGCUGAAGAGUACGUUAUUACGAGGGGAA